UUUAUCCCUGAACUGAAGCUUACACAGAUUAAACUUUUUUUUUUUUUCUUCAUGGAUACGCAACAAAUCAUCAAACUCAAUCUCAACCAUAACACAGGCGAAUUUACUCGUCGAAAAAACUGGUCUAGCAAUAUUUUGGAGUCGUUGCGUGAUGUGGUUCAUGUACUCAACGGUGAUCUUGUCUUUAUUUAUUGUUCACCUGCCUCGAGUGAGUUCUUGGGCUAUAAACCCAAUGAGCUUGUAGGCCAUGCUUUUACUGAAUAUAUGCAUGUGGAUGACGUGGACAUGUUUGUACGUGAACUUAAGCAAUCCCAAUCCAUGAUGCGCACACUAAAAUGUGUGUAUCGAUUUUUGAGAAAAGAUGGGAAAUAUACCACAUUGGAAACAAGAGGACAGUUUUAUAAACAUGGGUUUUUUGGUCAUGCAAGACGGAUUCCUACAGAAACAUCACAGUCCAUAGACGCCUUUCUCGAUCUCAAAAUGGAAAAUGAAAUGCUGAAGCGAAAAUUGGCCAUGAUCAAGCGGAAAAUGAAAGCUCAUGAUUCAAGUGAAGAGGAUGAAGACAUGCCUGCUUCUAAUGUAUAUACUCAAGGUGUGAGUGCCUCUUAUGAUAUCAACCAAAGUUUAGCCAUGUUCACUGGUUUGCGAUAUGACUUGGGUGAACGUGCCUUAGGGAUUUCUUUAGGCCUUAAGAAUGGAGAAUUAACAACAGUAAAUGCUUUGCCUAUCAAAAACAAAGCAUCCGAUCCCAUCAGAUUAGGAAAAAAGGUAAUAUUGACUUUCUUCUCUUUCUCCCUCUCUCAGUAACAACAUUCAUACAAGCUUAGAAACGUAUGGACAAAGAAGAUGAAGAACGCAUCUGUACAGAUUGUGGUACAACAGAAGCACCUGAAUGGAGAAGAGGACCUCAAGGACCAAAAACACUUUGUAAUGCAUGUGGUUUACGUUGGAGUAAGACACAAAAGAAACUUGGGCAGAAAUAAUAAAAAAUUCAUUGACCGAAACUAUUUAAAAGCA